AUGCAUGAUAGUUGGACUUACUUGCAAAAGCAAAUUGAAAAACAGAACAUUCCUGUGCCUUCUGAUGGUGAAUUAGACCUAGGGACAUCGGAUGAACUUUUACCAGAUGAAGAUUUGAGCGAGAUAAAUCCUUUUACGGAAUUAAUGAAUUGCGACAUUUCGUCUGCCAUUGAAAUAGCAAGUAAUGCAGAAAUUUUGGGUUCCAACAAUUUUUACUGCCCGGAAAUAUUGUCCAAAUUUAAAACGUUCUAUGUCCCGAAGAUAUGUCUCUGGGGAAGUUUGAUGGUAGGUGAUUUGGGAAGAUAUGGUAAUUCAAUUGGCUAUUUGAAAUAUUCGACUUUUUAUGCAAAAGUCUCAGCUUCUGAGAAACAAAACAUAUCGCGAGAUAAUCGCACUCAGGGAAUCAUGGAAAAAAGUCAGCAGGAACUAAAGCGAACUCGUUUAAACAACAGACGAUUUAAACGUCUUGACGAGAUUGCUAUAGUUUAUGAUGAACUCCAUGACUCUCUGAUUAGGGAAUAUGAAGAUAAUUUGAUUGUUUGUCCAAAAAAAAGGAAAGUUGAAAACAAUGACCAAAUUGACCAAGAAAUUGAGAAAUGGAGUAAACGAUCCCGAAUUCAGGGUAAAGACAAAUGUAAAGGAGUGUAUCUUCAGCCCCCCAUUAGACCUCUAAAGAUGUUUCGCCCUCAAGAACUUUCUAAUAACGAUAGCCCAAUUCUAAUAAAAGCUGACGAAGCGUCUACUACACAAUCUAUGAUGUUGCGGAGAAUUGCUUUACCGUUAAUUCGAAGAAUUCUACACCAAGGCGAUAUUCUGAACGCUACAGAAAAAAAUUACUUGGAUUCUACUAUUGAACAACUGAAGAUAACAUGUGACGAAUGUGCUGCAGCAGUUUCCCUUUUACAUGCUCUUGACUCCAACACUGGAAAAGAUUUAAUAUCAGUUGUAGCUGUUGAAGUUUGCAUUCUGGUCAAAAUUGAAGACAGGCGAGUCUGUGAGAUGGCUGUAAAAGAGUUUGAACCCGCAAUGCUUUACGUUGUAUUCAAUUUGAAGGCAAAAGAGGUAUGCUACUGGUUGCAGUCAGAUAUUUGUCCAAAGCCAGAUGGAUUUCUACCUGAAUGGAAAAUCAAUGCAACAUUGGGACCGAAACCACCAGUUGUACCAAAAAAACGACCAAAUCCUGGAUCACCAACAUCAAAAGUGUUAUUUUUCACUGAUAUGCACAUGGACGUACAGUAUAAAGCAGGCUCGAAUGCUGAAUGUGGCGAACCACUGUGCUGUCGGAACACCGAUGUCUUACAAAAUAAUUCGAAAGCGGCUGGAAAAUGGGGCGAUUACAGAAAUUGCGACAUGCCGCCUUGGACUGUAGAAGGAAUGAUGAAAAACCUCUCACAAUAUCAGUUUGAUUUUAUACUUUUCACUGGUGACAUUCCAGCUCACGAUGUUUGGAAUCAAUCUCAGAGUGAUCAAAUUGACAAAAACAACAGAUUUACUCAACUAAUACUAAAAUAUUUUCCGGGUACACCCGUUUACGCAGCGCUCGGGAAUCAUGCACCGUCACCUGUAAAUUUGUAUCCACCCCCACAGCUUUCCCACUUGGAAGGAGGGGACAUAUCGUGGUUAUACGAAGCGGUGGCUAAUAACUGGAAAAACUGGCUUCCGGAAGAAGCACUAAACACAGUGAAAAAGGGUGGGUUCUACACGACAACAAUUCGCAAAGGACUACGAGUUGUGUCAUUGAACAACAAUUAUUGUAGUGAUGAUGACUGGUGGUUACUGGUUGGAAAUAAUUCAGUCGAUCCACUCGGACAACUCAACUGGUUUGCAGGAAUUAUGGCAACGGCUGAGAACUCUGGCGAAAUGGUGAUAAUUUUAUCUCACAGACCAACCGAUGGCUGUCUGCAUUCAUGGAGUCAAAAUUAUUAUGAUAUAAUAAAUCGAUACGAAAAUAUAAUCGUCGCUCAGUUUUUUGGCCAUGCCCAUACGGACGAAUUGAAACUAUUUUAUGACACCCAGAACACUAGUCGAGUGAGUAGUGUCGGAUUUAUUGGGCCAGGUUACACGACUUAUUCAUACCUCAAUGCUGGGUAUCGAAUAUAUACUUUUGAUGGAGACUAUGAGAAUACUACGCAUUCAAUCAUCGAUGCCGCCUCUUUUUAUCUUGAUAUAACAGAGGCAAAUACUAAAGACCUGCCAGUUUGGAGACACGAAUACGCAUUUCUAAAUGAUUAUGGAAUGAAGUCACUUUUCCCCGAGGAUUUUGAAGAUUUAAUCAUGAGAUUCGAAAACGAUCUCGACUUUUUUCAAAAGUACUAUCACCACAUAACAAAAGACAAAGAUAUGGGAUAUUGUUCCUCAAGUUGUCGAGAUGACAAAAUCAGAGGGAUCAAAAGAGUAUUGCCGGCUAAGUGGCCCUGAUAGCCUUAUUCAAAUUUAUGUUAGUGAUGUACAAAUUAAAUAUUUUAAU